AUGGAUCCAGACGCACUUGCCAAGGCUUUCGUGGAGCACUACUACUCCACCUUCGAUUCGAAUCGUGCUGGUUUGGCUUCUCUGUACCAGGAAGGAUCCAUGUUGACCUUCGAAGGCCAGAAGAUCCAGGGCUCUACGAACAUCGUCGCUAAGCUCACCAGCCUCCCUUUUCAGCAGUGCAAGCACAAUAUCACCACCGUCGAUUGCCAGCCCUCUGGUCACGCCGGCGGUAUGCUCGUCUUUGUCUCCGGCAAUCUCCAGCUCGCCGGCGAACAGCACGCUCUCAAGUUUAGCCAGAUGUUCCAUUUGAUAUCGAACCAGGGAACCUACUACGUGUUUAAUGAUAUAUUCAGGCUGAACUAUGCCUGA